AUGGAGAACAACCAAGAUUUUGCUCUUCCUGAUGGUGUCGAAGGCAAUGCUGACUCAACCUUUGCCCAGUACAACACGCCUAAGCACACUGAGCUUUUGGCUGGUAUUCGAUUACCGGCCAUCGACAUGUCUAGUUUCGAGCUGAACCCGUCUACUAUUCAGAUGUUGGGCAACAAUGCUUUCCGGGGUAGGCCGAACGAAGACCCGAACGCACAUUUAACUCGCUUUAAGACGAUGUGUCAUUCUAUCAAGAGAGACAACAGGUUGGAAGUGCAGUUUAUGUCAAAAAAUUUCCCAGCUCACCGCACUCAAGCCGCUCUUUCUGGCAUUCAUUCAUUCAAGCAGGAUCAUGGGGAAAGUCUUUAUGACUCUUGGAAGAGGUACAAAGGAUAUCAAAAGUCUUGCCCUCAUCACGGGCUAGAUAAGAACUACCUGAUCAACACCUUCUUCCGAGGACUCGGGAUGGAUACCAAGACCUUGAUCCGGGCAUCUUGCGGUGGGAGCAUCCAGAACAAGUCAUUCGCUGAGCUAGAAGAACAUAUUGAGAUGAUGAUCCAAGAAGAAGACGCUCCGAAUGAGUACUCUAGAGAUUUGUCAAGGAAAGGCAAUGAUCAAACCAUACAUAUGGUUCUCGAACAAUUGGCUGUCCUCAAUGCUAAGCUCGAAGAUUCCACUCGAUCCUCUAGGACCGAACAUUCGACGCCAACACAAGAGGAGCUCGGUAUGUAUGCACUAGAUGAGAGAAUCGAAGGUGUGAACUAUGUGACCAACAACCCCUUCUCGAACCCGUACAAUCCGGGGUGGAAAAAUAAUCUUAAUCUCUCAUACAAGUCAAACAGUGUUGAGAAUCCCACGUCGAACAACUUCAGAGUAUCCGACAACUCGAACCAGAGGAUCCUAAACAGACAUCCAACUACAGAGCUCCGGGACAAUCCUACAACAAUGUUGCAUCUCCAGUUUUUGCAGAGUCAAGAGAAGACGAAUCAGGAAUUUCGAGCUCAGUUCACAAGCAUCGAGGCUCACUUCAAGAACAUAGACAACCAGAUUGCUCAGCUAGCAUCAGCCAUUCAAAGACCAUCUGGGUCUCUUUCAGGUAACUCUGAGACUAACCCUCGUGCGCAUGUCAAUGCUAUUACCUUGAGAAGUGGUAAGCAGGUAGAUUCUGGAGAUCCACCGAUGGUUGAGCAAGGCGAUAGCUCGAGAACCACAGUUUUAGACACUACUGAUGAUAUACCUGAGCUAGCUUACGUGCCUCCUAAGUUCUGA